AUGUCUCAACCACACUUUUCUGUCUCUCUGAGCGUCUAUUCGCCGGUAGAGAGCCAGCGUCAAUCCACUUUUCCCAAUGACCCCGUCAUAGAAGAAGAGAACGAGGACGAGAUUGACCAGUCGUCCGAGCUAUUUGGUUCGGACUACAACGAGGAAGCUUCCCAAGGCUCCUAUCAUCAGCAAGCAGGCGACGGCAACUCUAUCAUGCCUGACACUUCCAGCCAGACUUUCAGAUCCUACUACACUGCCACGAACGGCAGCGAACCAAGCUUCUCCUCCAUCAAUAACUCCUUGUUGAAGCAAGACUCCAAUGACAACACAGCGGAAGCCAUUCCAGACUCUAUCGAUCCAGACGAGACGCCACGCCUUAAUUCUGAGAUGCACGGUACGAAUGAUUCUAUUUUUGACAAAACUCCUGUCUUGAACACGAACGGCAUUUUCGAGGCACAAAAUGCAAAUGGCUACAAAUCCACAUCCAGAUCCAGCGCAUCCCAGCUGCAAUUACCACAAAAGUUUAAGAGACUCUCCGUCACCUUGCUUCAAACCGGCUCCAACGUUUCCAGGGAAUCCCACAUCUUCCAUAAUAAUUUCAGCUCCAAUGCUCACAAAGCUCAGGCCCAAAACCAAGAUCGGACAAGCAGGACCAGUUUGCUAUACAAGAGGAUUCACGAGAAGACUGAUUCCCUACCUGCUCCUUCCACUCCAACCGAUGAAGACACAUCCGUGCUCAGUACCUCGUCCAACCUUUCCAGUGCGCCCAUGCGUGCUGAUGUACUGACAGAUCCAGACCUUAGUCAAGAUGAUGUACCCCCUAGAGGCGAUCUUCAAGCAGCUGCCAAACUUCAAAAGCCCGCUGGCGGCCUUAAUAUAAUAUAUGGUGAAAGUGAGAAUAGCGCUGCUAAUGAUUCAGGUGUGGAUGUACUUUCGGACAGAAUUGACCCAUCCAGAUGGUCUGCUGCUUCCAGUACGACAGAGGAUGAAGAUAUGUCCUCCCUUUUCAUCCGGGCAUUGCAUUCCUUUGACGCUACUCAAUCUCAACUCGAGUCUGAAAACUCUGUUUGCUUGUCAUUCGAGAAGAAUGACAUUGCUUUUGUCCACACGAUAGAUGACUCCGGCUGGGGUGAAGUCAUUCUUAUCGAAACGUUGGAGAGAGGCUGGGUGCCAAUGAACUACUUUGCAAUGGCUAUAACCCCACAAGAUGCUACCCAAGGCGAGGAGGUGGACUCUGAUGAAAUCAAGUUCUCGCAUUUCAUGUUUCCACUUUUGAAUGCUUGUGGCAGGUUUCUUUCUAAUCCACUUUCAAGAAAUGGUCCUAAUGGAAAAACCUUUUCAAACAAACAUUUGAAUGACAUCAAGGAUGGAGUUCGCUGUUUGCUAGAUGAGACUGACUGUCUUUCGAGAUCAAGCGAAAUAAUUGUGAAAAAGCCCGUCGUCCGUAAAGCCAGAAAAGCUUUCAUGUACGAUUGGUGGGAACUCAUGAAGAAAGCUGCCGAGUACAAGGGAACCACAAACUUUGAUAAAGUCGAAAUCUUAACACUUUUUGUUCUCCUGGUUAUAAGAAGAGGCGUCUAUUUUUUUGACGUUUGGCUCACAGAGAGCAAGGACAUCAUUCAAAAAGAAGCCGAGAAGAGGCUUCGAAACGAUAUCAACACAUAUCCACUUCUUCGUACACCUCCCUUGGCGAAGCAGCGUGUGACAGAGAUCAAGGGCAUCUUGUACUCAUACUUAUCUCUCAUAAUGGGUCGUUUAGACUUGAUCGAACACAAUCCUCAAGGAUGCGAGUUACUUGAAAAGAUAUCCUGUCACAUUCUACUCCUUCUCAGUGAGCUCCUAUUUAUUUCCAAAACUGGUCUUGAAUACACUUCAAGCAAGUCAACUGAACUCGAUGCUUCAAUGGAUGCUUUCAUGUCAUUUGGUGACCAGCUCGUGACAUGUGUUAAAGUGCUCAUCAAUAAAACUGUUGGUGCUGACCAGGAAUCAAGAGCAUUCAGUGGCGAGAGCUCUCAAAACCAAGAUUACACCUUCACUGCCGAAGGAAUCCGCUUGAGGCAGGUUGCAGCCAGAACGAUCAAGGCGAUCAAUAGCAGUGUUCGUUCGAUCAACGAGUUGUUCGACAACGUGGGGGAUUUCAAGUUGAGCUCUGAGAGGUCUUAUCCAGAUUACCUCAAAAUGAGAAUUGACCCUGUUGAUUUCAUUCGCCAAUGCUCCGUUGGAAUGGUUCAAUCGCACUCUCUCAAGAACAAGGACUUGAGGGUGAUGAAGAAGAAGAAUGGAAGAAGCACAAACCGUUAUUCCAUGUUUAGGUCAGGUAAAGCAGGUGGUCUUGGGAUGACCCCUAAUGGCGUUGACCUGCUUCACAAAGUCAUGCUUCUUGAAACUGACGAUACUCCAUUCGACGCGACCACCGCCGAAUUUCAACCUUUUAUUUCCAAGGACUUGGGCAAAAAUAAAGCCUAUUCCAUCAAAGACGAGCUUCUUGUUGACGCAAAUGGAACGUUAUUGGGUGCCUCUUUCAAGGGAUUAAUCUACACGCUUACAAAUGAGGACUCACCACCACAAUACUUCUUUAUUUCAGGAUUUUUCAUUUGUUUGAGGAGCUUUGCAAGUGGCAUUGACUUGCUCGAGGGACUCAUCUCGAGGUUCGAAGAAAGUGAAGGAGAGCAAGAAAACUCAGAUGCCCUACUCGAAGUUCGUUUGAAGAAAAGAAGACGUUUGAUCAUAGCGAUUUUCAAAAUUUGGAUGGAGUCAUUUUGGAGCUAUGAAUCUGAUAGUCCAUUGUUGUGCACUCUUAUCAAUUUCUUCAAUGAGGGUAUUUAUCCACACCUUCCUCUUGAUGCCAUGAAGUUGAUAGAACUUGCAGCUAAAUUGUCCAUCAAAGACAGCAAAGGAAAGGAUAAGAGGCAGCUUGUUGAAAGACAUAUCACUCUCAAGAAGUUCGAGAGGAAGGAUUCAGGAGCCGACCUCCGUGAUCUCGAGGAUACUUCCCGUUUUUCCAUUAUUGAGGACAAUGAGCUUUCCAGAAUCAGCUCCAGCAGCUCGAUUGCCAGCUCCUUGAAGUCGAUGACUUUAGGCCUUUCACUCUCAGGUCUGAACCCUUCAUCGGGAACUUUAUUGAGUAAAACGCAACAGGCUACAGUUGAGACUACGGUAAUGAAGUUUAGAGAGGUGCUUGGUGACGCAUGGUGUCCUCGCCACUUUGUUGAAUCAGCAGUACUUCAUACCAUUCCACUCAAGCCUAUGUUGUCAACAUGGUUCAAUUUGUGUGAAGAGAAGUGGGAAUUGGAUCAAUACAGACCAAACUUGUUGGACUUCCAGGUAUUGGAGUUCUCCAAUCAAUUGACGUUGAUUGAGUCGGAGAUUUACUGCUCCAUUAAGUCCAGUGAAUUGCUCAAUGAGAAUUACACCGCUAAGAAAGCGCAUCUCAAACUUGCCAACAAUGUUCGUCAAUCAUUGUUGUUCACAAACUGUUUGUCUGGAUACGUUCUUGAGUCAAUUUUGCAACCCGGACUCACUGACAAGCAGAGGGUCAAUCACGUCAAGCAAUGGCUUAAAGUCGGUUUCAGUUGCUACGAGAUGCGUAACUUUAACUCAAUGGUUGCCAUUAUUACUUCCUUGCAAUCACACUUGAUCACCAGAGUGAAGCGUAUUUGGGACGAGCUUCCACAGAAGUAUACUCAUCUUUACGAGUACCUCUGCAAUGUGGCACACCCUCAAAACAAUUUCAGUGUCUACAGAGAGAAGUUGAGAUUCUUCUUGGAGAAUGGCGAGUACAAUUAUCCUGUGGUGCCAUACUUUUCGUUGUUCCUCCAAGAUUUGACCUUCGUGACGGACGGUAAUCCUAACUACAGGAAGGCCAACACAUUCUUGAACCAGAAGCUUAUUAAUAUCGACAAGCAUCUCAAACUCACCAGAGUGAUUGCCGAUAUCGAAAGUUUGCAGGUUCGCUACGUGGAAGAAGACGGCUCGAGGAGAAGAUCUAGAUUCUCACUCAAUCUUGGUAAGAACACCACUGCUGACUUGAAGAUUGUGAGUAACCCUGCAUUGCAAGAACUUGUGUUACUUGAAUUUUUCAAAAUUGCUCAGCUCAAUAAGGGUGAAGAAGAUAGAGCUUGGAAGUUGAGUUGUGAUUUGCAGCCUAGGGACACACCCAGGGUGAACUAG